UUCGGGGCUCCGGGACUGUAGGGGACCCUUCCAGUCCCCAGAGCCGAGGCCAGCAGGAACAGAGACUAUGAGGCAAGCAGCCCACCGACCCAGGCCUCCUUAAGACCAGCCCAGCCGCCUAGCAAGCUGGCGAGCAGCAGCGGGGAGAGGAGCAGGAGAUAAAGGACCACGGCAGACCUUUGGGGAUCACCCCAGCAGCUCCUGUGGACCCUAGCCAGGCUGAGGGGUCGUGAUGGGUGGUCAGACUCACAGACGCUGACGGACACACCAUGACAGCGAUGCACCCAGCAGCACAGCACUGAGACACUCAGAUACAACCGGUGACAGCAUCACACACUGCCACAGCCCUGCAAUACAGACAGCCACACACAGAGAAACAACUGGUAACUCUGAAACAGGCACACACAGUGACACACAGAACCACUACCCCCGGCACGCACAAGUGGGGGCACCCAUCCUCCAAACACACACACAGCAGCGCUGACCGGCACAGGCAGACCUGGAGACACACGCACACCCUCACCCGGGCACUGCUGCCGGUGGCCUCCGCACAUCCUCCCCACCCCCACGGGGACACCCUUGCUCCUCCACACACUUGCGCGCACACACAGCCACGAACAAACACAGCUCGCAUACCCCCAGCUCAGCUCUGGCAGCCCCGACUCCUGCAGCCUCCUUUGUGGGUGAGGAAGAACUCAGUCAACCUUGGAUGGAGCUGCGGUGAAGCCAAGAGCUCAGAGAGGAAAGGGUCUGGCCUGGCGUGACCCUCACCAGCCCCUCCACCUGGCUGGGUGAUGUCCCCCUGCCCGGGUCCUGGGGACCCUUGGCAGAACCAUGGAGCAACUGACACCCCUCCCACGGCCGGGGGACCCCGGAAACAUGGAGCCAUGGGCACUGCCCGCCUGGCAGAGCUGGACUCCAGGCCAGGGGGGCGAACCUGGAGGUGCAUCCCCGAGCAUGGCCGAUACUCUGGCAGCUCUGCGUGUUGGAGAACCGAGGCCUGAGGAGAGCUCCGAGCCCGAGGGAGCCCGAAGCCCCGGGCCUGUGGGUGGAAUCCAGCCUGAAAGAACAGAAACUGGGCUGCCCAGCCCCGGGCCGGGAGCAUUGAGCUCUGGACCCAGCUGCCAGAGGCUGGAGGACAAGGAGGUGGAGGCUUUCUCUAAGGGCAAGCUGAAAAUGGGCUUUGGGGACAGGCCCAAUCUGGAGCUGCUGAGGGCCGUGGGGGAGCUGCAGCAGCGCUGUGCCAUCCUUAAGGAGGAGAACCAGAUGCUGAGGAAGAGCAGCUUCCCCGAGACGGAGGAGAAGGUGCGGAGGCUGAAGCGGAAGAACGCAGAGCUGGCGGUCAUUGCCAAGCGCCUGGAGGAGAGAGCCCGGAAGCUGCAGGAGACUAACCUGCGGGUGGUGAGUGCUCCCAUGCCCAGUCCAGGGGCCAGCUUGGAGUUGUGCCGGAAGGCCCUGGCCCGCCAGCGAGCCCGGGACCUCAGUGAGACAGCCAGUGCCCUGCUGGCCAAGGACAAGCAGAUUGCUGCCUUGCAGCGGGAGUGCAGGGAGCUGCAGGCCAGGCUCACCCUGGCUGGCAAGGAGGGCCCCCAGUGGCUCCACGUGCGGGACUUCGACCGGCUGCUGCGGGAGUCCCAACGGGAGGUGCUGCGGCUGCAGAGGCAGAUCGCCCUGCGCAACCAAAGGGAGCCGCCCCCGCCGCCUCGGCCCCCAGGCCGGGCCGCCCCGGCCAGAGCAGGGGCGCCCGCCCCCGGGGCCCCGGGAGAGGCCACGCCCCAGGAGGAUGUGGAAAACCCACCCGUGGUCCUAGGGGAGCCAGAGAAACAGCAGAGGGUGCAGCAGCUGGAAUCAGAGCUCAGCAAGAAGCGGAAGAAAUGCGAGAGCCUGGAGCAGGAAGCCCGGAAAAAGCAGAGGCGAUGUGAGGAGCUGGAACUGCAGCUGAGGGAAGCCCAGAGUGAGAAUGCCCGCCUCGUGGAGGAGAACUGUCGGCUCAGUGGGAGAGCCACGGAGAAGGAGCAGGUGGAAUGGGAAAAUGUGGAGCUGAGGGGCCAGCUCCUGGGAGUGACGCAGGAGAGGGACUCGGCCCUUCUCAAGAGCCGGGGCCUGCAGAGCAAGCUGGAGAGCCUGGAGCAGGUGCUGAAGCACAUGCGGGAGGUGGCCCAGCGGAGGCAGCAGCUGGAGGUGGAGCACGAACAGGCCCGGCUGAGCCUGCAGGAGAAGCAGGAGGAGGUCCGGAGGCUGCAGCAGGCCCAGGCAGAAGCCCAGAGGGAACACGAAGGGGCCGUGCAGCUGCUGGAGUCUACCCUGGAUUCCAUGCAGGUCCGGGUUCGAGAACUGGAGGAGCAGUGCCGCAGCCAGACUGAGCGCUUCAGCCUCCUGGCGCAGGAGCUCCAGGCCUUCCGCCUGCACCCGGGCCCCUUGGAUCUGCUCACCUCCGCCCUGGGCUACAGUACCCUUGGGGACCGCCCGCCACCCCCAUGCUGCUGCUCUACCCCCCAGCCCUGCCGGGGAUCUGGCCCCAAAGACCUUGACCUCCCGCCAGGCUCCCCAGGGCGCUGCACCCCAAAGUCUUCCGAGCCUGCCCCUGCCACCCUUGCUGGGGGCCCUCGAAGGACGGCCAGGAAGGCAGAGUCUCUCUCCAACUCCUCUCGUUCCGAGUCCAUCCACAACAGCCCCAAGUCAUGCCCUACGCCCGAGGUGGACACAGCCAGCGAGGUGGAGGAGCUGGAGGCAGACAGCGUCUCCCUGCCCCCAGCAGCACCGGAGGGCAGCCGGGGGGGAUCCAGGAUCCAGGUCUUCCUCGCUCGCUACAGCUACAACCCCUUCGAGGGCCCCAAUGAGAACCCAGAGGCAGAGCUUCCGCUUACCGCUGGCGAGUACAUCUACAUCUAUGGCAACAUGGACGAGGAUGGCUUCUUUGAAGGGGAGCUCAUGGAUGGCCGAAGGGGCCUGGUCCCUUCCAAUUUUGUAGAGCGUGUGUCCGACGACGACCUCCUGACCUCCCUGCCUCCAGAGCUGGCUGAUCUGUCCCACAGUUCAGGCCCUGAACUCAGUUUCCUGAGUGGAGGCGCGGGCGGCAGCAGUAGCGGGGGCCAGAGCAGCGGGGGACGCAGCCAGCCCAGAGCAGAGGAAGAGGCUGCAGGGGACGAGCUCAGUCUGAGCCCCUCGCCCGAGGGCCUGGGUGAGCCCCCGGCCGCGCCUUACCCCCGCUGUCUGGCUGUCCUCAAGCAGCUGGCCCACAGCGUGGUGCUGGCCUGGGAGCCGCCUCCUGAACGCGUGCAGCUGUGCGGCUACCACGUCUGUGUGAAUGGGGAGCUGCGGCAGGCCCUGGGGCCCGGGGCACCCCCCACGGCUGUGCUUGAGAAUCUGGACUUGCAGACCGGGCCCCUCCGUGUCUCUGUUCAGGCCCUGACCAGCUGGGGCGGCUCUGACCCUCUGCGCUGUUGCUUGGUGCUAGGGGCCCGGGCCGGGGUGGCACCUAGCCAGCUGCGGGUCCAUCGACUGACAGCCACGUCCGCUGAGAUCACCUGGGCGCCCGGCAAUAGCAACUUGGCCCAUGCCAUCUACCUCAAUGGGGAAGAGUGCCCCUCUGCCUGCCCUAGCACCUACUGGGCCACCUUCUGCCACCUGCGACCUGGUACAGUCUAUCAGGCCCGAGUGGAGGCUCAGCUCCCGUCUCGAGGGUCCUGGGAACCAGGCUUGGAGAGGCCAGAGCGGCGGGCUGCCACCCUGCAGUUCACCACACUCCCAGCAGGCCCACCUGAUGCCCCCCUGGAUGUGCAGAUUGAGCCAGGGCCCUCCCCUGGAAUCUUGAUCAUCAGCUGGCUCCCGGUAACAAUUGAUGCUGCUGGCACCUCCAACGGCGUCCGGGUCACAGGCUAUGCCAUUUAUGCUGAUGGGCAGAAGAUCAUGGAGGUGGCCUCCCCUACGGCAGGCAGCGUGCUGGUGGAGUUGUCGCAGCUGCAGCUGCUGCAGGCGUGCCGCGCGGUGGCCGUGCGCACCAUGUCGCCCCACGGCGAGUCGGCUGACUCCAUCCCGGCUCCCGUCGCCCCCGCCCUGGCUGCAGCCUCCUCGCCAGCCAGGGUCUCCUGCCCCUCCCCACAACUGGGCUCGGAGGCCAGACCGCCCCUUGCUCCAGCCUCCCCGGGGCCUGGAGACCCCAGCUCUCCCCUCCGGUGCCCCAACCCCCGUGGAACUCGAGAGCCCCCCGGGGGCUCCCCAGCAAGCUCUCCCGGAGAGACACCAAAAGGAUCCUCAGAGGAGCCCCCAGUGCCUGGCUCUCAGGAGGAGGCUGGGCCAGCUGUGCUGGGUGCCCCAGGGGACAGCAAGGCCAGUGAGCCAGCCUUGGGAGAGCGAGUUCCUGGCCCUGCAGCUUCCUCCCUGGCCGAGGAGGAGGCUGAGUGGACCGCGGGAGAGGCCCGCCCGGCCCCUGGCUCCACCCAGGUAACACUGGCCCAGAGGCUGCCCUGUGCUGAGGCCUGCCGUGGAGGAGACACAGGGCCUGGGCUGAGGCCCAGGGCUGAGAGAGAGGACACGGCCGAGCUUGGGGUCCGUCUGGGGAACUCCCUUGUGGACCAUGGCCGCAACUCAGAUCUGUCAGACAUCCAAGAGGAGGAGGAGGAAGAGGAAGAGGAGCUGGGUGUCAGGACUUGCUCUUUCCAGAAGCAGGUCGCUGGCAACAGCCUCAGGGACGAUGGGGCCAAGCCCCAGCCCGACCCCUUCUGUGAGACUGACAGCGACGAGGAGAUCUUGGAGCAGAUCCUGGAGCUGCCUCUCCAGCAGUUCUGCAGCAAGAAGCUCUUUAGCAUCCCUGAGGAGGAGGAAGGAGAGGACGAGGAGGACGAGGAGGACGGGAAGAGGCCAGGGGCGGGCUCUUCUUCCCGAGACCCCGACCCACCUGAGCCUGCCUUCCUGGGGCUGGGCUGUGACAGCGGUCGGCCCCGAGGACCUGGCCUUUGUCCUUUGUCUCCCGAGCCCUCCAGGGCUGGGGACCGCCUGGAGGACAUGCCUGGACUAGUUGGCGGAAGCAGCUGGAGAAAAGGAAGUGGCUCCCCCGAGAAGCCCCCCAACCGCAGGCGGUCCCCAGAUCCCCGUGAACACUGCAGCCGACUUCUCAGCAACGGCGGGUCCCAGGCCUCUGGACGACCAGGCCCCGCCCGGGAGAGGGGCGGCCCCCCCGUGGGCGAGGGCACCAGGGCUGGACCAGAGACUGGUGGGAGAGGGCGGCCGGCCCCUUCGAGGAGGUGCCCCCGUGGCCCAGCCCCAGAAUCAGGCCUGGCCAGCUGCCUCUCCCCCAAGUGCUUGGAAAUCAGCAUCGAAUAUGAUUCUGAGGAUGAGCAAGAGACGGGCGGCGGGGGCAUCAGCGUCACCAGCUCCUGCUACCUCGGAGAUGGGGAGGCGUGGGGCGCAGCACCCACGGGAAGGCUCAGGGGGCCUCCGAAGGCCAAUUCAGGCCCCAACCCCUACCCACGCCUCCCGGCCUGGGAGAAAGGGGAGCCAGAGCGGAGAGGCCGCAGUGCAACUGGCAGAGCCAAGGAGCCACCCUCCCGGGCAACAGAGACUGGGGAGCCCAGAGGGCAGGACGGCUCUGGGCGGAGGGGCCCCCAGCGGAGAGGGGGCCGGGCCCCCAGGCCAGGCUCCGCGGAGCUGGCCCCUCCGAGGAGCCCUCCAGAAGAAGCACUGGCUUACCAGGACCUACCUGUCAGGGUCUUUGUGGCUCUGUUUGACUAUGACCCCGUGUCGAUGUCUCCCAACCCUGAUGCCGGGGAAGAGGAGCUCCCCUUCCAGGAGGGCCAGAUCCUGAAGGUGUUUGGGGACAAGGAUGCCGAUGGCUUCUAUCGGGGUGAAGGCGGGGGCCGGAUGGGCUACAUCCCCUGCAACAUGGUGUCCGAGGUGACUGCGGACAGUCCUGCAGGGAGACAGCAGCUGCUCCAGCGGGGCUAUUUGUCCCCAGAUGUUCUCAUUGAGGGUUCAGGGAACGGUCCCUUUGUCUACUCCACAGCUCGCACAGCUGGGCCUCCCCCCAAGCCCCGCCGCUCCAAGAAAGCUGAGUCGGAAGGCCCUGCCCAGCCCUGUGCAGGCGCCCCCCAGCCGGUCUCCUCUACUGGCCUGAAAGCUCCCCGCUCCAUGGUGGCUGCAUUUGACUACAACCCCCGGGAGAGCUCCCCCAACAUGGACGUGGAGGCAGAGCUGCCCUUCCGGGCAGGGGACGUCAUCACUGUGUUCGGGGGCAUGGACGAUGAUGGUUUCUACUAUGGGGAACUGAAUGGACAGCGGGGCCUGGUUCCAUCCAACUUCUUGGAGGGCCCUGGGCCUGAGGCAGGCGGCUCAGACAGGGAGCCCGGGACACCCCAGGCCGAGGGGCAGAGAACGAGGAGGAGAAGAGUCCAGUGCUAGAUGGAGAUAGAUAUAUGUAGAGAAAGCGACAUACACCGGAGCUGACCUGGCUUUUCCACCUUCUUCCAGGGAACGGGGAGGGAGCUCUUGCCGUGAGCCAGAUUUGGGCCUAGGAUCAGGCCCUCCCCUUGCCUUACUCUGGGCAAUGCCAGCUGCCACAGGAAUACAUGUCAUCCUAGGAUAUAAUGGAUAUUAUAUGGAUAAUAUACUAGGAUAUUAGCUGAGUCCUCAUAUUCUAUAGCACAUGCAGCUUAUAGAAUAUUAUGUGACAUUCAUAUGGCUCAUCAGUAUAUUAUGAUACUAUAUGACUAUGGUAUUAUAAUAUUGUGAUUAUUAUUGGUGACAGAAGGAUGACACUAACGCCACCAGUAAUAACAGUCUCCCCCACACAGUCUCCUCUGUAUCAUGACCUGUUAGGGAAUCAGAUGCAUGAUUUUCUGUCCAACUCUCCAUUUUCUCCGCUGGGGGGGGCAUAAAAUGGGAGGCUUAAACAGUUGGAGUCCGUAGAUAACCCCAGACCGUUCAUCUCUGGGGCUCAGACACUCCCUCCAUUUGUUUCCCCAGCAACCCCUCCCUCCUGGGAGCCCUGGGAGCGGAUGGGAAGGGCCUACCCCCCUCCGCCCCACCCCAGCCAGCCAUCAGCCCUGGCUAGUUGGCAAGAGACUCUUUGACCUCUGCGUGCUAGCAGAGCUCUUUGUGGGCGGCCCUGCCACAUCACCAGGGUCUUAGGUGAGGGCGGGCCCCAGGCUGGGCACCCAGCACCUGCCAGCAGACUGCCAGGCUCUGGUGGAAGAGGGGGUUUGAGGAAGGGAGUAGGGGGCAGGGGAUGGAGAACACACAGGCUGGCGGGAGCUGGCGGGGCUGUACCAGACACAGGAGGUCGCAGAGUGGAUGUGGGAAUUUGGCGGGUAGCGGGGAGGCUUGCUCGUGGCUCUCUUGUUUGCCCAGCCGCUGUUCUUAGGCCACUAACAGCACAGUCUGGGUGGGCCUGUGGCAGAGGGAGCCACUCACGGUGGCAAAGAGAGCGAGGAGGAGAUUCUGCCAGGGAGACGUGCUAAGGGAGGGGCAGCGGCAUUCAGAGCUGUGGUGGGCGCUGAGCGCCGCCCGACCGUGAGUGCCCUCUGGCCCCGGGCUCCCUGCAGCCCUCUCGGGGCCAUUCAAGGAAGAGUCUCCAUCUCCUCCCCAUGGGGUGGGCACUCCUCCACUCCCUGAAGGCCCUCGGACACCGCGUCUGCUGGCCUGUGCGGACCUGCUCCUUCCGUCUGUGCGCUGGUGCAGGAACCAUCGUUCCUGGAGUGUAUGGCUCCCUCCAGCGUCCCUGUCCCCGCUCUCCCUUCGGUUGGGAGGGGAUGACGUGGGGGAUUUGAAGCACCCAACCCGAGGGUCAAGUCCAAGGACUCUUGAGCCCAGCAUCCUACAGAGAAACCCAGAGAAGGGGAGGGGCUUGCCCAGGUCCAAGUGAGCAGAGCAGAAAUGAGACUCCACGUCUGUCCCUUCCGACUCCCAGCGAAGUGCUCCCUCAGCAUCAUCGCGCCCGUUUGCCUCUCUGUGCUCUGGGUGGGGCACUAGCCAGGCGGUGGGUUUUGGUUCGCGACUGUGGUUCCGUGACCUGGGGUCUGCAGGCCCCUGAGGUUGUGGCGGAACGGAGGCGGGUUGGGUUGGGGGUCAGGCCCUGACCUUGCCCCUUUUCUCUCCC